AUGUCUCAUCAUCAUCAUAAACGUCAUCAAUCACGAUCACGUUCACCAGCGAAUAAACGCGAAUCUCAACAAAAUCGAAAUAAUGAUCGAUCCAAGGACUAUGAUAGACGAGCUGAUUCUAAUGAACGGCAUCAUCAUUCAAUUCAAUCAAACAGACAAUAUCAUUAUUUUCAUGCACCAGUUUUGGCUAUGCCCAUUGAUGAAAUUGUAAAUAAUGUUGAAAAACAUCCACCUGUUGUACAAGCAUUAGUUCGUGAACUAUUACUUGAACGAAAAACACGACAAUUAACCGAAGAAAAAAUAAGUAUCUAUGAACAUGAUUAUGCAUAUUUACGUGCUCAGCAUGAAGCAACAAUUAAUAAUAUGACAUUAUUAAAACAUGAUUAUGAUCGAUGUAGACUUGAUUUAAAAAACUGUUCUAUUGAAUUAAAUGAAUUACGUCAUAACAAUCAUCAAUUAAGAGUACGUAUUGAUCAUCUCUUAAACAAUGAACGACAACAUUCGUAUACCAAUGAAGAAAUAUUCUAUGCAAAACGACAACGAAGAAAUUAA